AGCGUCGCUCGCCGAGCCGGCUUCCGUUCCGUUAGUAAUCCUUCCCAGCAUGGCGCAGUCUGUUAACAUCACGGAGCUGAGUCUACCACAGCUAGAAGUGCUCAAGAAUCAGCUGGACCAGGAAGUGGAGUUCUUGUCCACGUCCAUUGCCCAGCUCAAGGUGGUACAGACCAAAUAUGUGGAAGCCAAGGACUGUCUGAACGUGCUGAACAAGAGCAACGAGGGGAAAGAAUUACUCGUCCCAUUGACAAGCUCUAUGUAUGUCCCUGGGAAGCUACAUGAUGUGGAACACGUGCUCAUUGAUGUGGGAACUGGCUACUAUGUAGAAAAGACAGCUGAGGAUGCCAAGGAUUUCUUUAAGAGGAAGAUAGACUUUCUCACCAAGCAAAUGGAGAAAAUCCAGCCAGCUCUGCAGGAGAAGCAUGCCAUGAAACAGGCUGUCAUGGAGAUGAUGAGCCAGAAGAUUCAGCAGCUCACAGCCCUGGGGGCAACUCAGGCCACUGCCAAAGCCUGAGAGCUUGUUUCAGAAGCGGGCCUAUCUACCCCGCUUCAGGGCCUUGGGACAUUGUGGGCGUGGCUUCCUGGAGUCGGAGAAGGGUCUUGUGUUUAAUGCUAAUAAAUGUGCCAGCUGGGCAGAA